AGAAGAAGAAGAAGAAGAAGAAAAAAAAAAAAAAAAACAUUCCCCCUAGUGGCAGCUCCAGCGGCUGGGUGUGUAGCAGCACACGGUGAAGAAGAGGCUGUGUUUGGAUUAGGGGGUUGGACUGCCUGCUGGUAGGAAAACCUGCCGCCAGACACCCAGUUUGUCUCCGGCGGUGCAGCCUCGCUUUCCCGCAGCAUCAGCACCAUCAGCAGCAGCGACACAGCAGCGCAGCCUCCAGCCUCACCUCCUGCUCUGCUCAUCAUCUGCGCUCCCCUCCGCCUCCGUCCAGACACAAACACUGCCGCAGCACAGAGGGAACGGACGGACAAGGACGAUCCGCUGAGCAGUCUUCAGGGAAAUAAGGGAAUAUAUUUAAGGUCGGUGAAAGAUGGUGAAACUGGGGAGUAAUCUUCAAGACAAAGGGGCCAAACCUGUGAGCGUGGAGGACGGCUUUCAAAAUGUGCCCCUCAUCACUCCACUGGAUGUUGGCAGCCUCCAGAGCCAAGCACCUGACAAGGUGGUGGUGAAAACUCGCACAGAGUACCAGACAGAGAAGAAGAGGCUGAAGGUUCCCAAGGUGGAGGAGUUCACCAUCAGCUUUACUGACGGGGUGUCUGAGAGACUUAAGGUGACGAUCCUGAUCAUCCUGGCCCUGGCCUUCCUCGCCUGCAUUGUGUUCCUGGUGGUUUAUAAAGCCUUCACCUAUGACCAUGCCUGCCCAGAUGGAUUCAUUUAUAAGCACAAGCGGUGUAUCCCAGCCUCUCUGGAGGCGUACUACGCUGCCCAGGAUGCCAACUCGAGGGGCCGUUUCUACACAGUGAUCAGCCACUACAGCAUGGCCAAGCAGACCACCUCGCACUCUGUCUCCCCCUGGCUUCCUGGAGGGGUUGGGGGGCAGCAGCAGCAGCAGCAGCAGCAGCAGCAUGACACUAAACCCCCCAGCAGUGAGGGCCACUGAGUUAGCUGAAGGGUUAAAGGAUGUUGUAAACACACACGCAGACAUGAAGAAACACAUACAGACACAGGCAAGUGUAGACAGACACACACACACACACACACAUACACGCACACAAACACGCACACAAACACGUAGGAGAAUAUGUAGAAAACUAGACAAAAGAGAUGCACAUUAACACAGCAGCUACAUAUUUAAUGCCAAUAUAGAGUGAAAACAUGCAUGCAGACAUGAAAACACAAGCACACGCUAGGCCAUAUUCUGAUUUACCCUGUCUGCCCAUUUCUAUGCUCUUUUCUCUUAUCGAGGAGCAUUUCCCAUUGAUCUUUUGCUCUCGGGAAUAUCAUCAACUGCUGAUACACACUCACAUAUACAAACACACACACACAAACACACGGUCUGCUCUCUUGUUACCCUCCUCUCAUUUAUUAUUAUUGAUGGUCAUGAUAUAUUUAUUUUUUACUGUAAUGUAUGGAUGUUUUGUAUGUGAUUACCAGGCAACUCUUUGUACAAAGGCACGAGUCAAAUGCUGAAUUUCACGCUUCCUCUCUGUGAGAUUCUUUGGACUUUGGAGUCUUUUUGUUUUUUUCCAAGUGUGUAUACUGCAGUUACUGUAUAUUCAUUCACAGCUCCUUUUCUUUCUUGCCAUGAGCUGCAUAACCUUAGGCACAUCUGUCAGUCACUACACACACACACACACACACACACACACACACACACACACACACACACACACACACACACACACACCACACACACACACACACACACACACACACACACACACACACACACACACACACACACACACACACACACACACACACACACACACACACAACGUCAUAUUCCAACCCAAAAUACGUCAGUAUGGUCUUGUAUUGCUGUAAUACAUUUUUAAAUACAAAAGUUCAGCUCUGAGGAAGGCGUAAUGCCAAUGUCCACAUCCACGACACAUCCCGAGUGGAUUGAAUGAAUUUUUCCAUCAUGGCUGUUUGAUAGCUCACAUUCGGUGACAUUUUCAAUGUGCUGUGCUAUACAUUUUUAAAUCCCCCCCCCCAGUGACCCAAGCUGUACAUAGAACUGUGCAUUCAGGCUAGUUUUUUGUGUGUAUGCAUUGUAGUAGCUUUUAUUAGGAGGUUUUUCGUUUUCUUUUUUAUUUAGUUAUUUAUUUUUUUACAGGCCGACAAUUCCUCCAUGCAAGUUACUUACAUAUUGCUUCAACUGCCAGUCUUGUAGCUCCAUUAAACACAGUGUUGCAGAUGGGGAAGGAAAUACUGUGCGUACCACCGUCCCUCACCAAAACUCUUUAUUUUCCGCUGUGUUUCCUUAUGUUUAUAGAUGGGCUUCAACUGCAGCCAAGUUUUGUUCCUGUACUGUUUUUUUUUGUUAGUUUUUUUCAUUUUGUAAUGUUGGAUCCAUUGUCAAGAGCGCUUUUAUGAGAUAUUGUGAUGUCGUCAGUUAAUAUGUAGCGAUACCUGGUGUAAUUUAUCAGUGUGCAUCCUCGUCCCUCUUCUCUUGGUUUGAAUUCAAAAUAAAAACAAGCUGUGACCUGU